CAAGCGGAAUUAUGUAUAGUGCAAUGAUUGUCUUUGGCCUAGGGAGUGUCAUUUAUUUUGUUCGUUAUGCAUUUGAUUCAAUAUUACCACUACGAUGGUCGCUCACCGAGCCGAUAUCCGACUUCCCACUCGAUCUUUUAGUGUUUCAUAUUGUUGUUCCAGUCACGGUCGAUUGGGCUAAACCACGCGAGCUAUUUCGAGCUCUCUUUGAAAAAUGGUGGCAUGUCACUGCACAACAAUUACGUUUAACUUCUUUCAUGUUUGGAAAUCGAUACCCUGAAGAAGAAGGUACUCACUAUCGCAAGACUUGGCGUGCUCUCUUACUCGGACGAAAAGCGCCUAUACCACGACUGGGCAUAGACACAAAUAACGAGGAUCAGAAUGCUGAAGUUGUGUUCGUUAAAGAUGGUGGAUUUGUUCGUGCCCCAAGUUUUGACGGAGUACCCGUAGUGCCCGGAAGACGGAUGCUUAUACCUGUGAAUGAACAAGGAGAAUUAAUAAAUCCAAAUGAUACUCCUCCCGUCGGCGAGGAUGAUCAGCUACAUCAUACAGUUGUAUAUGUUCCACCCAGUUUCAAAGCACGUGUGAUAUUUUUCCUGUUUUUAAUGUGGUUUUGUGGCUCAAUAUUCUGCUGUUCUGUGACAAUUUUACCUUUGCUCAUGGGUCGAUUCAUAUUCCAAUCUCUACUACACUAUCAGCAGCCUGUUCAUGAUCUUUACGCUUUCACAGUUGGCCUGUAUGUUAUGUGGACAUUAGGCGUUGGCAUGGAAUGGAUUGUUCGCAAAUUCCAAAUAUUAAAAGAACAGCAAAUCUGGAAAGUUGACUGGCCAGUAUUGCGAGAGAAAUUGGUCUCUGGAACCCUAAUAUUCUUAAAGAUCUCAUAUUUGUUUGUCGCUUUCGGCAUAGUCAUGCCAUUCCUUUUCUCAUUGGUCAUCGAACUUUACUUCAUUCUUCCAUGGAAAAAAUACAGUUCAAAUCCACCACCAAUUUCUUUCCUGCAGGAUUGGGCGUUGGGUAUCGUAUACAUGAAGAUUGCAUAUCGAAUUGUAUUCAUGUUACCAGAUAACACAUUUAGUCGCACCAUUAACGAGAUAACUGGCCGAGGUAUUCGGAACCUUGACGUCAAAUUGGCAACGAAUAUGUUUAUUAUUCCAAUCGGAGGAAUUGGUCUUGUGGCAGUUUUCUUGCCAGCAUUGAAUGCUUGGCUGAUUUUGUUCGCUGCAGGUAAAUCAACACAACUUAUACAGAAUUGGAUGCAGACAGUGCGCGAUGAAGAAUAUCGUAUAGGACUUCGAUUACAUAAUAUAGAACCAAAUGAACCAGCUGCUAAUGUACCAGUAUCAUCAUCCUCAAAUACUAACAAUGAUAAUGAAAACAAUAAUAUUCCUAUUCCUCAAAAUGCUGGUUAA